CUUUUAGAGGGCAAAAAGAUGAACCUUUCGUGGACAUUCUUCCAGGGGAUAGAAAAACGGAUAGCAGGCAGUCGAAUGGGCCAGUACGUAUAGCUGUCUCUUCUAAGAUGUGUAAGGUAUCAAGCCACGAACCAUGAAAAUGAAAAAAAAUCUUGAUGACUAUUCAGCGCUCCCAAGGAUUAGGAAAGAGAAAGAAAAAGAUAAAAAGCAGUUUCUAGUUCACCGAAGGGAAAGUUGCAUUUCUCGUGGAGAAGGUUUCGUCUCGUGUGAAAACUCUAUCUAAAAACGAAUACUAACUUCAGCACGACAAGACGCGAGGACUUGUACUUCGGCUUCACGACCACGACACACACUACAAAAAUGAAGGGUCUCGCAGUCCUCGCCGUCGCCACUGGCGCUGCCGUCAUUGCUUUCAAAAUCCAAGAAAGAAAAGUUGAAGCCGGAGUAGGUAUUGAAGAUUUUUAACCACAGGGGACCAUAGAUACUUCUUAACCACCAUAGAUACGUUUUAACUCAUACUCAGUAGAGCCUCUUUUUGUAGUUGAGGGGACGAGAGGUCUAAUGGUCCUUGUAUCGUGACACACCCUUUCUAAAAACAGGUGACUUGUUGAAAACGUUUAUCGAGUUCAAGAAGCAAGACUGUACCAACGGUCUCAACACGAUCACCCUCAAGUUGAAUAUUAUGGCUGGAUAAAAUCAGAGCCAGGCAGUUACUCGUAGCUGCUACGUGGUUGGAAUGAAUGAAAUCCAAGAAGGUAGAAGUGGUUUCGAUUUCGGCUCCAAUAUCUGUUUCGUGUAGAUUAUUCCUAAAAACUCUUUUUUUACUAUUUUUCUGAUUUCGUCUCCUAUUUUACAUGUGAUUGCGCUAGUAUCGAAGUGAGAAAUUGCGUAUACUCGCGUCCGAUUUUUCCUAUAAUUUAGAUUUCUUAGGAAAACCAAAAACGCAGCAGCUAUUCUACAUAGAAUUGUACCAGUUGAUGUUAGAUACAGGAUUACACCAGGUAGAAACAGAAAGAUGAUUCGACAACAGCUACAUGAUCACGAUCUUCCUUUUUGAUGAACAACAUGAACAUCCCAAGUUUUGACUUUCUAAUUUUUCACUGCAAUCCUCGCCCAUUACGUCCGACAAGCUGACGCCAGCCAACAGAAACGGUGCUGGGAUCGCCCUCGAUUCCCAGGACAAGAUCGCUCAGGCAGCCGCGAACGAAUGCUACGUCGAGCCGGAUUGCGGUGGUUUCGUUUAUGAAGAUUUGAUGAAUUAACUAGGAUGUAUAAGAUUUUCUUGGUCUUUGAUGAGGGUGGACGAUUGAAAUUCAGAAAAUUUAGAAUUCUUGUUUAUCGACUCGUGGAGAAUGGCGUAGCAUGAUAGAGUUUGCUUAGAGCUAUUACCCUCUAAUGUGGCUACUUCCUGCAAGAUAUGCAAGGAAAAACCUUCAAGACCCCGGCUGGAACGCUGACAAGGGAUGUAGCAGCCGGAGAAGUUAUGAUGAUGAUGAUGAUGUACAGAAGUUUGUAAAUGUAAAUCUACAAGAGAAUAGUUUCAGAAGCAAAGUUUAAACUUUUGAAUUAUCUAGAUUCUUGUCCUUCUUCUAGUUUCGGGGACGAUCGCAGAGUGAUCCAAUCCACACCCAUCCCCGAAAACGCUGUGAAUGAUAACCUGAUACCACAACCACGACCUAUCAACGAUCAUAACGCUUUUAGAAGUAAUACAUAGAAGAUCGACCUCCCGCACGCGGACGCGCACCUGCUCUAAGCGUAUGUACUUCCUGCGAAGUGACGCGUCGUGCACCCAGAUCGACCCGGCAACCAAUAAGACGAGUUGUGUCCGCGCCAGUCACUGUGUGGAGGAUGCCACGGAGACUACUUACAUCCAAAAGGUACUAUUCGGAGUUUGUAUUCUUUUUGUAGAAAAUGUGGUCGUAGGUGAACAGAGUUUCUUAAUCUCUUUUGAAAUUUGAUUUUAGAAAAUCCAUGAUGAACAUAUUUUUUUCCUAGAACUUCUUUCAUGUAAGAAUCUAAAUUUUCUAAAACCUCUAUAUCACAGGAUAUCAUCACGGUCGACGAAGCCAUGAUGGGUCAGGCAGACACGGUGACGGUCACCGGUACGACGGCUGCCACUCCGUCGGGUAACUCGACUAGUUUGUAA